UCUUAACACGGAAGUUCACCAUGGAGGACACUCCAACCCUGUUAGUCUUACUAGGAAGGAAUCUCGAUCUCAUGCUGUCGUCAGGUGGAUAUUAAGACUGACCGUCCAGAAGUUACCUAAAUGGAAACACCAGCGGUCCUGUGAUUGUCAAACGGGACAACCACGAUCUGUGGUGGAAAUUUGUCGUCAGGUUGACAAAAUCGAACACCUGCUGUCAACAGUCAUAAACAAUAACAAAAUCACGAGUUUUAAUUCACACUCUAGUGAUCACGACGAUGUCGCUUUAAGUAUUGGUGUGUCUUUGAAGAUGUAUUGUUGUUGACGAACCACCACAAAUACACUGACGAUGAGUAACUUUGGAUUAACAGCUGUCAGUGUGUUGUACCUGUUAAUUUCAUGUGCCGGAGCACAGUCAACAGACAGCUGUAAGAGUGAGGAGUACAACAAAAACCACGGGACAAUCACUAGUCCUGACUACCCAGCACACUACCCCACCAACUUCUGUAAGGACUGGUUCAUCACUGGAAACACCAAUGACAUCAUCACCAUAAGUUUUAAAAUGUUUGAUGUUGAGACUGGUAUUCUGGGAAAUUGUGGCCGGGACUAUCUGGAGAUAGGUCCCCAUCCAAAGGUGAAAUUGUGUGGAAAUACGAGCAGCAUCACAAGCAGGGUUUACAUUUCCACGGCAAAACAUGUCCGAAUUCAUUUUAGCUCUGACUAUAUGACAACAGGGGCUGGCUUUGAACUGAUGUAUAUUAUGGGUCCUCUACAAACCAAAAGGUGUGAGCAGGACCAGUUCCGCUGUCACAGCGGCAAAUGUAUAUUUAACGAGUGGAGGUGUAACGGUCUAGCUGAGUGUGAGGAUCACAGUGACGAAGCUAAUUGUCCACAUGAAACCCACUCAACAACACCCCCUACUACACAUAUUUGUACCAACAGCACAUUGCUGUGUGAAGACAUAGGUACAGGUAGGAACCGGUGCAUCCCUAAGGCCCAGUGGUGUGACGGGGAGAAAGACUGCCUGCACGGGGAAGAUGAGGAUAGCAAGCUGUGCCCUUCUUUCAAGUGUAAUAGUCACAUAGACAGUCAGACAGGGUUUGUGGUAUCGCCCAACUUUCCACACGAUUAUCCCAACAACCUCAGUUGUACCUGGACGAUCCAUGUCCAGGACACAAAAGCACAAGUACAGUUGCGGUUCAUUAAAUUUGAACUCCAAAAGGAGGCUGGGACAGACUUCUUAACAGUGUAUGAUGGAACAUACCAUGAAGGCAAGGUCAUCGGCGUGUACUUUGGUGGCCUGGCUGACGUACCUACAAUGGUCGAGUCCACAACUGACUAUGUCACGCUCAAGUUCACAACAAAUCGUGUCAGGGCAGAAAGUGGUUUUAAUAUUACCUUCCAAAAGAAAGGUGUGUGUCUACCUGACCAGUCAUCCUGUGGGACUGCGGAGAAGGACUGUUUCCCCACAGAUAAAGCGUGUGAUGGGGUUUGGAACUGCCGACUCCAUGGAGGAGACGAAAAGGGAUGUGGUGGGUGUGACAAAGAACACUUCCGCUGUGGUCUGAAGGGCAGUCACCAGUGUUACGAAGAAAAACAGAGAUGUAACGGCAUCUCGCGGUGUGCAGAGCUUGACGAUGAACUUAACUGUAAUUCUGUUUUAUGUGGCUCACAUAAUGGAACUUUUCUCUGUGAUAACAAACGCUGUAUCUACGAGACUUGGAAAUGUGAUAAAACCAACGACUGUGGCGAUAACAGUGACGAAACAGAUUGUCCAAGAAGUACAAACCUGAUAACCAUUGCUGCUGUAGCAGGCUCUCUCAUUUGUGCCCUGUUGUUGGUUGUGGCCAUGGGAUGUACAUGUAAACUGUACAAUCUACGAAUGCAGCAGUUCCAUGGGCCACGGCAUGAAACACCGCUUACACGAAUGUACGCCGAGUUCAUGAGGAGGCGGGCACCGCCACCUUAUCAUGAGGCGAUGCUGACGUCACGGCCAUAUGAUGAGGUGCGACAAGAGCUUGCAGAACAAAACAACCAAAACGAAACAGCAGGAUCUCGUACGCGACGUCACCGUCGGCGAACAGCCCGCUUACCCCAUCGACAGCAAAUAGCAUCAAACAGCACUGCAGGACAGUCAAGUCAACAAAAUGAUAGCUGCUCGACAGAUACCACCAGCAAUCAGCAAACAGAGGGAAACCAAGGGCCAGGUGAAAGUUCACAAACUAUAAAUAGUUCAAAUUUGACAUGGAACACAGAUUCACACUCGUCAACAUUGGCACUCAUUCCAGACAACAGUAGUGAUACAACUGAAGGGCCUGAUGAGUCGGGAGACGAAAGUGACCAGCCAGAUGGUGAACAUGUCAGUUUCUCCCGUGAUAUAGGCAUAACAGCAAGAUGGCAGCGCCCAAGGAAUUCUGGGAAAGAAAGUAGUAGUAGCGAGUGUCAAAAUUUGCUACAGGCUGAUCCUCCGGACUCGCCUCUCUCUGCUGGCAGGGGAAGUGGUGAUGUCACUACAACAUCAUGUGACAGUGUUGACCCGUCUUCCAUCAUCACUGAAAACACAAACACUCGCGAUAGUGACAAUGAAUCUGAUAAAUCCUGUGAUACCGAUCUAUUGGGUGCUUCAUCUUCGCUGCUCCGUCAAGAUGAAAGUCUCAUUUCUUUUACUGAUCGUGGCUUGGGCGAGGCUCAACACGAGACGAGUGACUCCAGCAGUGACACUGAUGCUAUAACAAUGGGCGAGAGUUCGUCUCAUUCAGAGUUAUUUUGAUUUCAUUGUUCGACGGGUGGUAGGUUGAACAUGUGUGCCAUCCUGCCUGAUAUGAAACCAUGUUGUAGAAACUGUCUUUAGAUUCUCAUGAAUAUGAAUUAGUUUAUAUGAUUAUAAGCUGAUUUAAGCAUAAUCUUAAUCUUAAUGUGAUGUUUAUUUUCCAAAAAGUGAUAUUUUCUUAAUGUAGAUGUUUUUAAAAUUUAUGGCAGUAACCUUCUUGUUCAAUGCAACUAUCUUUGUCCAACACUUUGGUUUUUAGCUCACAAGGUCUGCAAGUCCAAAUGAGUUUAUGCUGUGUGAAGAGUCCAUUGUCCUGCCAUAUGUAUGUCUGUUCUCUGUCAACUGUUCCUUCAAAACCCUGUGACUUCAAGGGGACUCAACAUUGUAUAAAAGGAAGAUGUGUCUCCUUUGAGAAGGGGGAGGGGGUUGCAAAGCAAAAGGGCUGGGCCAAAAGGGAAAAAAUAAAGUUAAAUCUUUAAAAUCCUUCUCCUCCAAUACCACUGAAAGGAUUUAACUAAAUCUAGUUAGGAAUUUUUAUUUAGUCUAGGGAAAUUUAGGUUGUAUAAACAGAGUGUGCAGUCCUCCCGGGCAGAGGAAUGGGGGAAAUUCAGGAAAUUGGGGUAAAUCUUUAAAUUCUUACUCCUUCAGUAAUGGUUGAAUGAUUUAAGCAAAUACAGUCUGAAAAAUACCUUGGCCGAAAAGUCUCAAUGUUGUGUUAACAGAGGGUGUGUCCGUCUGGAGCCAAAGAAGUGGGCUUAAAAUAGGAAUAUGGGAGUUUUUUGCUUCUUCUGACUUUUGACCAUAUUUGGUCUGAAGUAUCACAAGAGCAAUGUGAUCGUAUUUUAAUUAAUUAAGUGGGUUGGACUCCUGAGGCUGAAAGGGUGUAGAAAUUUGGAUGUAUUACUCCACAAUAUAACCUCAUACUCACAAAGAGGGAUUGAAGAAAUAAAUGCAUAAAUGCAACCAGGAUUGAUUUAAAGUUCCAUUGCCACUUGGGGACUGGAACCUAUAUGCAAUUGCUUGACAUGAACAGAAGGAUGUAUUCAUGCUACAACAAUAGAAUUCCGUGGUACAGCUCUGCCCCUGGGGAUUUAUACCCUGUGUGAUAGCUUGGAAAUGGUUGAGAUCUCCACCCUUAAAUCAUAUAAUUGCUUGCAGGCCAUGAAGAGAUGAAUACAAUCAUACUAACAAGAUUAGCCUGAGAGUCUGCUCCUAUGGGGACAUCCUUACAUUACCUUACUUGUUGAUAGCAUGCUAAACCCUUUACAACCAACCAACCAACCAAUCUAUCCCUGGAGACUUAGACUCAUGGUCAUUACCAGUGCCUAAUAUGGUAGUUUAAAGUCCCUAUAACCAUAUGCACAUAAUAAUUAUUAACAGAUCCUGACCAUUCUUAUGCAGUGUCUUCGGACCUCUCCUUAGGGCUAGAGCCAAGGCCCAAAGGGGUAUCAUAUGAGAUGCAUUUAAGUCUUUAAAAGCCUACUCCUUCUGACCAGUUGAUCUUUUUUCAACCAAAUUUGCUAGGAAGCAUCCUUGGGACCAGGGAAUCAAAUUUUAUAUAAAGGAAGGGCAUUGCCCCUCUUGGUGCUGUGAGGCUGAGACCAAAAUGGGGAAAUAUAUGAAAGAUUACUUUUAAGGAGAAUGUUUAUUAUGAUUACUUUAAUAUCCAGUGAGCUAUACAGGGUCAGAAGGCCUCCUGGUCAAGUAUGAAAAAUGAAAAUAAAGCAUUGUCCAGCUUUGUCAACAUAAGUGGGAAAGUUGUCUAAAAUUAUAUGGGUUAUCUAUCUUAUUGGAUUCUAUGGCAGUGAGUUUACCACAUUGCCUCCUGUGCCUGGCUGCCUCCAGCACACAUACAUACACAACACACAUUGAGGCAUGUCCUUAAACGACCUUAGCUGUUAAUAGGACGUUACACAAAAUAAAACCAAACCUUUGCCUAGCUUAGAAUUUAAAAAUUGUAAUAGUAUAAAGUUACUUAGAGUGAGUUUGAUUGGUUGUUAUGUCCAGGAUUUUUUUUUUAAGGUUACAAGACAAUAAUGGACAACAUUUACUCAUUCACUCCUGAAGACACAUUUGAACUCUUCAAGUGCAAAGGUUGGGACAGUUCAUUAUGAGAUUUCAGGGGUAAAUGAGUUAAAAAGUGCCAAUGCAAAUGAAAACUAGUGCAUUUGGUAUUAUACUGAAUUUUGGGUAAUGCUGCAAAAGGGAUUUUGCAUUUAUUUUCCAUGUCUUGAAAUAUGUAUGAAACUUGUAUCAAAGUUUCAGUUUAGCUUGCCAUAGGCAUGGAAAAAUCAGAUAUUCUAGAAUUAUGUCGUAAAUCUUGCAUGAAGUAUAAAUUCUUGACCCUACAGGUGUUACAGCCGAAUCUCUAACUCUAACAGCUUUGAUUCCUUGUGAUAAUGCCCUGAUUGAACUAUUUCUGCCUCCAUAAACCGUAGCUAUGCAGAUAACAACUAAAUGUUUGUUUCUUACCAAGGAUUUAAGUGGACACUGGUGCUAUAAAGUGUUUGGAAUAGACGACUAAUUUAAUUUACCUCCAUUUUGAAAAUUUGACCAGCAGUUUUGCUUUUGAUGCAUAGACAAUAAUUUUCUGACUUGUUUCUCAUUAGGAAUGUGACCAUAAGUUUAUGAUCUAAUAUUUCUGAUUCUUGGGUGUGAUUAUUCUGAUUAGCAAUUUAAGUGAGGAAAUCCAUUUUAAUAGAACGAGUGUCCAGGUUGAGAGUUUCCUGGAUUAGCUAAGCAUUGCCUUGUGAGGUUUACCUGUACAUUCAUACUUUGGUCUUUAUCUAGUAAUAUUCAGAGGGAAAAUUUAGAUGUAUACAAAAUAACAUGUAGCACCCUAUAUUACAGUUGUUCUGGAGUUACAGAAACAAGGCACUUAAAUCUGCACUGUAGAUUAGCAUGCACAGCUUUUAUCUUCUUGUAAAUAUUGGUUGACAAGUUUUUACAAGACAUCUGUGUUGAAAAUGCUAAAAAUGCUAAAUGGGUGAGUUUUUACAUCCUUCCUUAAUUUUGCAAGCAUUUUUUAUGUUCUGGUACUAGAUGGUAGACUGUUUCACAGAGCGACUACUACCUUUUUGCAACACAGUUUCCAAAGGUCACAGUAGACAAUUUUGGAAUACAUGAAAGUAUUCUGUCUGAUUGCAGUGAUUGUGUUGGCUUUUAAAUGGUAAUAAGCUCCUUGAAAUACUAAGGAGCUGUUCCAUUUAUUGUCUUGUAUAUGUACAUCAAAAUUUUGUACUGUGUGCUGUAUCAUACAAGGAACCAAUGCAGUGAAUACAACACGGAUGCUAAGUGCUGUGUCUAAUGAGUAAAGGUAACCAAAUGUGCUGCAAUGUUCUGGACUCAAUUUAGAUGGCUAGUUAGUGUAUCAGAUUUAUCACAGAGUAGGGCAUUAGUCCAUAGGAGUUCUAACAAGUCAUUGAAGUGAAACCAAAAAUGUCUUAACAUUCAUUUGUAGUCAUAAAUUGCUGGAUAUAUCCAAUGUUCCGGAUCUGGUAGCACACUGUAAUAGGAUUAUAGUCAAUAGCAUUUACUUGUUAAUAAAUUGAUUCAAGAAUUGCAUUACUUACUUUCUGUGAAUCUAUUCUUUAGUGAUAUUCAAAAGUAAACCAGAUAGAGCAUUUUAUCACUUGUUAAAAAGUAUGCCCAAAAAACCAGGGCAACCUCCAACAGAUCUGAGCUGCGUGUAGAUCUUCCACAUGAACUUAAUUAAUGUCAUGUAUGAAACGAAAGAUGUGAGAUCAAUGGUAGUACAGUGUAUAAUGAAUUUAGAUAAAAAAUGUGUUAUAUAAAAAACAUAUAUGAUAUUUGUAUUAAAGCUUUAGGAGUGAUGGUGGAGUUUAGGUUUAAAUGCCAUCUUACUGUAUUUUUUUGUACAUAUAUAUCUGUUGUUUUAUUUUUGUAUAAGUUUGAUGAUCUGUCCCAUAUUUUAUUUUGCAUAUAUUUUGGUAUAUAUGCAUAUCCAUGCAUUUUCUCAACUGCUUUUUUAUCUAAUAAAUUAUGUUUGAGUCUGAUAGGGAUAUAGGUUUGCUCUUUCAUGAUAAGAAUUGGUCAAACACUCUAAAAUUAGGUAUAUAAUUAGGGGGGGGGGGGGGGGGGGUCAUUAGCCUUAACACAUUCUGAUUGAUGUCCAAAGAACUACUUAUGUAUGGUGCCCCUUGCCACUUUAAAACUAACUUGCAGAGUUGAGACACUUGUUUCUGCGGUACCUGUGGUUACAUACUGGGUACAUGUACUAAAGAAUAUUUGAAGCUAAAAUAAAUAUGUAAUUGAAGAUGGUGCAUUUGCUUUCACAUGAAGGGUCUCGAAAGGUCUUUAAAUUGUCUUGGUCAAACCUUACUGUUUGUGUAGUCUCAGUGUUGGAUAACAGUAGUUCAUUGGGGUGACUUUCAGAUUUUACCCUUUCACCCCUAGGUAACUUGAGUAGACAUUCAUCUGGAUGAGUCCAUGAUGGUCUGGGUUAAAAUAUGAUUAAAAUAUAAACUGUGCAUGCAUGUGAAUGUCCUUGCAGAUAACAUUAUGUUCUAUAUUUUGUUAAACAAUACUUUGAUGAGCAGUACCAUAGUAGACAUACUAGUUAUAGAUCUAUUCCAGAUUGAAAGAAUUAUAAUUUAUAUAGAUCUAUUCCAGAUUGAAAGAAUUAUAAUUUAUAUAGAUCUAUUCCAGAUUAAUUUGUACAUUUCCAUUGAUUAGUUAUACAUUUAUGCGUGAAUUUGUGUUGCUUUUGUACAAUGUUUAUUUAAAGAGAAAUGCUGUUAUUAUUUUAACCAUAUUACAUCUGUGAUUCUUUAUUUUUUGUGUGAACCACGAUACCAUUAAUUUGUGAAACAUAUAAGUAAAAAACUUUGUGUUUAGAAAUUAAGCUUCGGUGUACAGCAUAAUAAGUUAUUGAAGAUCUUAUAUUAAGCUUCUUAAUAUACAAAAUAUGUUCCAUAUGAAAUUGUGAUUAUAUGAAUACCAUAAACAUUCUUAAGUGCAUGUGAAUAAGUGUAUCAAAUCAUAAAAUAACAGUAAGUCUAAAUAUUAUGAAGAUGGAAAAGUACAUGCUAGGAGUGUUAAGAUAUAAUUGCUUUAUUGUGUAAAAUGUAUGCGAGGAAUGAUUAAAAGUAUGAUAACCUUUGAAGUUUUUUCGGUGUAUGAGAAACUUUUGUUUCUCUGUAAAAGGAACAAGUGUCUCUGUAUGAGGAACACCUUUUUUUCUGCAUGAGGGACAGUUGGUGUGAGGGACAGUUGUUUCUCUGUAUAAGGGACAGUUGUUUCUUUGUAUGAGGAACAAUUUUUUUUUGUAUGAGGGACAGUUGUUUCUCUGUAUGAGGAACAGUUUCUCUGUAGAAGUAACAGUUGUUUUCCUGUAUAAGUAACAGUUACUUCUCUGUAUACAUAACAGUUGUUUCGCUGUAUGAUGAACAGUUUCUCUGUAUAAGUAACAGUUGUUUCUCUGUAUGAUGAACAGUUUCUCUGUAUGAUGAACAGUUUCUCUGUAUUUGCAACGGUUGUUUCUCUGUAUGAUGAACAGUUUCUCUGUAUAAGUAACAGUUGUUUCUCUGUAUGAUGAACAGUUUCUCUGUAUACGUAACAUUUGAUUCUCUGUAUGAUGAACAGUUUCUCUGUAUGAUGAACAGUUUCUCUUUAUAAGGAGCAGUUGUUUUCCGGUAUAAAUAACAGUUGUUUCUCUGUAUGAUGAACAGUUUCUCUGUAUACGUAACAGUUGUUUUCCUGUAUAAGUAACAGUUGUUUAUCUGUAUAAGUAACAGCUGUUUCUCUGUAUGAUGAACAGUUUCUCUGUAUAAGUAACAGCUGUUUCUCUGUAUACGUAACAGUUGUUUCUCUGUAUACGUAACAGUUGUUUCUCUGUAUGAUGAACAGUUUCUCUGUAGAAGUAACAGUUGUUUUCCUGUAUAAGUAACAGUUGUUUAUUUGUAUGAUGAACAGUUUCUCUGUAUACGUAACAGUUGUUUCUCUGUAUAAGUAACAGUUGUUUCUCUGUAUACGUACCAGUUGUUUCUCUGUAUAAUGAACAGUUUCUCUGUAUAAGUAACAGUUGUUUCUCUGUAUAAGUAACAGUUGUUUUCCGGUAUAAUUAACCAUUGUUUCUGUAUGAGGAACAGUUUCGCUGUAGGAACAGUUGUUUCCCUGUAUAUGUAACAGUUGUUUCUUUGUAUUAGGAAGUUGUUUCUCUGUAUAAGCAACAGUUGUUUCUCUGUAUUAGUAACAGUUGUUUCUUCGUAUAAGUGACAUUUGUUUCAUAGUAUCAGGAACAGUGGUAUAUGAAUGUAAAUGUACACACAUACAAAUUUGAUCGUACACUGUCUACCUGUCUCGCAAAAGCACCAUCUCCACAAGAUAAAGCAUGUAUUUUCUGUGUAUUGUGCUUAAUGUUAUUGGUUAAAAUGUACCCACAAUAUUAUUUUUUUAUUCCUAAGUUCACAGUUGUUAUCAGUUGUUUUAAAUAUUAUUUAAUCAGAAAUAUUUUUAUGCACAAAAGUCCAUUCGCCAAAAUGUAUUAUUGAUAAUAAUGAAUUUCCCUUAGCAAUGCCAUACUCUUUACACGAUACAAAAGCAUAAAAAAAUCAAUAAUCAAAAUUAUUUUCUCAAUGUUCUUGUUGUAAAUUUUGAUCAAUGAAAUAUGACCCUAUAUGAUUCCCAUUAAUAUGGUCCCUACAUAAAUCCCUUAAAUGUGGACCCUUUAAUUUCCGUAAAUUUUGGCCCAUUCAAUCCCGUUAACAUAUUUCCCGAUAUCAUUCCCGUAACUGUGGUUCCCUAUAUAACUCCCAUAAAUGUGGUUCCCUAUAUAAUUCCCAUAAAUGUGGUAACUUACUAGUAUGUAACUCCCGUUAAUGUGGUUCACUAUAUAAUUCCCAUAAAUGUGGUAACUUACUAGUAUUUAACUCCCGUUAAUGUGGUUCACUAUAUAAUUCCCAUAAAUGUGGUAACUUACUAGUAUUUAACUCCCGUUAAUGUGAUUCCCUAUAUAAUUCCCAUAAAUGUGGUAACUUAUUAGUAUGUAAUUCCCGUUAAUGUGGUUCCCUAUAUAAUUCCCAUAAAUGUGGUUACUUACUAGUAUUUAACUCCCGUUAAUGUGGUUCCUUAUAUAAUUCCCAUAAAUGUGGUAACUUAUUAGUAUGUAAUUCCCGUUAAUGUGGUUCCCUAUAUAAUUCCCAUAAAUGUGGUAACUUACUAGUAUUUAACUCCCGUUAAUGUGGUUCCCUAUAUAAUUCCCAUAAAUGUGGUAACUUACUAGUAUUUAACUCCCGUUAAUGUGGUUCCCUAUAUAAUUCCCAUAAAUGUGGUAACUUACUAGUAUUUAACUCCCGUUAAUGUGGUUCCCUAUAUAAUUCCCAUAAAUGUGGUAACUUACUAGUAUUUAACUCCCGUUAAUGUGGUUCCCUAUAUAAUUCCCAUAAAUGUGGUAACUUACUAGUAUUUAACUCCCGUUAAUGUGGUUCCCUAUAUAAUUCCCAUAAAUGUGGUAACUUACUAGUAUUUAACUCCCGUUAAUGUGGUUCCCUAUAUAAUUCCCAUAAAUGUGGUAACUUACUAGUAUUUAACUCCCGUUAAUGUGGUUCCCUAUAUAAUUCCCAUAAAUGUGGUAACUUACUAGUAUUUAACUCCCGUUAAUGUGGUUCCCUAUAUAAUUCCCAUAAAUGUGGUAACUUACUAGUAUUUAACUCCCGUUAAUGUGGUUCCCUAUAUAAUUCCCAUAAAUGUGGUAACUUACUAGUAUUUAACUCCCGUUAAUGUGGUUCCCUAUAUAAUUCCCAUAAAUGUGGUAACUUACUAGUAUUUAACUCCCGUUAAUGUGGUUCCCUAUAUAAUUCCCAUAAAUGUGGUAACUUACUAGUAUUUAACUCCCGUUAAUGUGGUUCCCUAUAUAAUUCCCAUAAAUGUGGUAACUUACUAGUAUUUAACUCCCGUUAAUGUGGUUCCCUAUAUAAUUCCCAUAAAUGUGGUAACUUACUAGUAUUUAACUCCCGUUAAUGUGGUUCCCUAUAUAAUUCCCAUAAAUGUGGUAACUUACUAGUAUUUAACUCCCGUUAAUGUGGUUCCCUAUAUAAUUCCCAUAAAUGUGGUAACUUACUAGUAUUUAACUCCCGUUAAUGUGGUUCCCUAUAUAAUUCCCAUAAAUGUGGUAACUUACUAGUAUUUAACUCCCGUUAAUGUGGUUCCCUAUAUAAUUCCCAUAAAUGUGGUAACUUACUAGUAUUUAACUCCCGUUAAUGUGGUUCCCUAUAUAAUUCCCAUAAAUGUGGUAACUUACUAGUAUUUAACUCCCGUUAAUGUGGUUCCCUAUAUAAUUCCCAUAAAUGUGGUAACUUACUAGUAUUUAACUCCCGUUAAUGUGGUUCCCUAUAUAAUUCCCAUAAAUGUGGUAACUUACUAGUAUUUAACUCCCGUUAAUGUGGUUCCCUAUAUAAUUCCCAUAAAUGUGGUAACUUACUAGUAUUUAACUCCCGUUAAUGUGGUUCCCUAUAUAAUUCCCAUAAAUGUGGUAACUUACUAGUAUUUAACUCCCGUUAAUGUGGUUCCCUAUAUAAUUCCCAUAAAUGUGGUAACUUACUAGUAUUUAACUCCCGUUAAUGUGGUUCCCUAUAUAAUUCCCAUAAAUGUGGUAACUUACUAGUAUUUAACUCCCGUUAAUGUGGUUCCCUAUAUAAUUCCCAUAAAUGUGGUAACUUACUAGUAUUUAACUCCCGUUAAUGUGGUUCCCUAUAUAAUUCCCAUAAAUGUGGUAACUUACUAGUAUUUAACUCCCGUUAAUGUGGUUCCCUAUAUAAUUCCCAUAAAUGUGGUAACUUACUAGUAUUUAACUCCCGUUAAUGUGGUUCCCUAUAUAAUUCCCAUAAAUGUGGUAACUUACUAGUAUUUAACUCCCGUUAAUGUGGUUCCCUAUAUAAUUCCCAUAAAUGUGGUAACUUACUAGUAUUUAACUCCCGUUAAUGUGGUUCCCUAUAUAAUUCCCAUAAAUGUGGUAACUUACUAGUAUUUAACUCCCGUUAAUGUGGUUCCCUAUAUAAUUCCCAUAAAUGUGGUAACUUACUAGUAUUUAACUCCCGUUAAUGUGGUUCCCUAUAUAAUUCCCAUAAAUGUGGUAACUUACUAGUAUUUAACUCCCGUUAAUGUGGUUCCCUAUAUAAUUCCCAUAAAUGUGGUAACUUACUAGUAUUUAACUCCCGUUAAUGUGGUUCCCUAUAUAAUUCCCAUAAAUGUGGUAACUUACUAGUAUUUAACUCCCGUUAAUGUGGUUCCCUAUAUAAUUCCCAUAAAUGUGGUAACUUACUAGUAUUUAACUCCCGUUAAUGUGGUUCCCUAUAUAAUUCCCAUAAAUGUGGUAACUUACUAGUAUUUAACUCCCGUUAAUGUGGUUCCCUAUAUAAUUCCCAUAAAUGUGGUAACUUACUAGUAUUUAACUCCCGUUAAUGUGGUUCCCUAUAUAAUUCCCAUAAAUGUGGUAACUUACUAGUAUUUAACUCCCGUUAAUGUGGUUCCCUAUAUAAUUCCCAUAAAUGUGGUAACUUACUAGUAUUUAACUCCCGUUAAUGUGGUUCCCUAUAUAAUUCCCAUAAAUGUGGUAACUUACUAGUAUUUAACUCCCGUUAAUGUGGUUCCCUAUAUAAUUCCCAUAAAUGUGGUAACUUACUAGUAUUUAACUCCCGUUAAUGUGGUUCCCUAUAUAAUUCCCAUAAAUGUGGUAACUUACUAGUAUUUAACUCCCGUUAAUGUGGUUCCCUAUAUAAUUCCCAUAAAUGUGGUAACUUACUAGUAUUUAACUCCCGUUAAUGUGGUUCCCUAUAUAAUUCCCAUAAAUGUGGUAACUUACUAGUAUUUAACUCCCGUUAAUGUGGUUCCCUAUAUAAUUCCCAUAAAUGUGGUAACUUACUAGUAUGUAACUCCCGUUAAUGUGGUUCCCUAUAUAAUUCCCAUAAAUGUGGUAACUUACUAGUAUUUAACUCCCGUUAAUGUGGUUCCCUAUAUAAUUCCCAUAAAUGUGGUAACUUACUAGUAUGUAACUCCCGUGAAUGUGGUUCCCUAUAUAAUUCCCAUAAAUGUGGUAAUUUUUACUAGUGUUUAACUCCUGUUAAUGUGGUUCCCUAUAUAAUUACCAUAAAUGUGGUUACCUAUUUAAUUCCCGCAAAUGUGUGCCCCUUUCGAUUUCCGUUCAUGUGGUUCCCUGUAUAAUUCCUGUAAAAGUUGUUCCCUAUUCAAUUUCCAUAAAUGUGACCUUAUUCAAUUCCCGUUAAUGUUGUAAACAAUUUUGGUGAUUGUAAAAUUUCUCUGUAAAACAGCAGCGAAGCGUGUUAUCUUAUGUUGAGCUAAGUGCCUCAAGCGCUUGAACAUGAUUAAUGAACCCAAAUUCAUAUUUUAAUUGAAUGCGCUAUUUUAAUUCAACUGUGGUUGGCGUUGCUAACUAAAACAACGUUUUUGUAAUGGUAAUAUUUACCUGAAAAUGAUUCUGAUAGAGGAGGAUGUUGCUGUUUUCAGUUAAUUUUCCUCUGCCUAACGUGUAAUAUUGUAUUGUAACUCAUUCGGUAUAUAUAAAGUAUAAAUACUGUUGUAUAUACUAAGUUAAAUCCUAAUGGGCGUGAAUGCAAACAUUUAUGUAAGGGAACUUCCUACAUACAUCAUUAAGAAAUGAAAUCUCUUGUGAUUCAAAAGACAGUUUUCAUUUUGUGAAUCAUCUUUUGUUUUUGAUAUUUAUCAAAAUGUUAUCGAUAAUCUAAAAAACAAAAACAAAAUCCAUUUUAAUGACGUCACGUUAGAUACACAGUAACAUCUACUUAUAACAAUGUGGGAAUCUCAACAGGUCUUCUUCACUCAUGAUUAUUACGAUUAACCCUUUCACUCCUAUGUAACUUUAGUAGACUCUACCAUGCAUUGGUUGGGACGGGUCCGUUAAGAUCGACAGUGGCGAAAGGGUUAAAGACUGAAAAAAAAUCAUAAAUGGAUUGAAAUGCUUCAUUUCAACAUUAUGAUGAUAUGCAAUAGAGUUCUGUUGAAAAUAUAAACCUUAAAAUUUGAGCAGGUUUGUGUUGCAUACCUUCGUAAAUGAUAAGACGAAGCAUUUCAAUCCAUGUAAAGCAUUCAAUCCGGUUGUCGCACUAUUCACCAGUUUAGGAGACAUCUAAUUCUUCUUUUUCUUUUUAAAUUGUCCAUAUAUUCGAGCUGAUUAUAAUCCAGCCACAUUUAGCUUGAGACAAAGGUAACUGCAUUAAUACGGCUUGGCUGUAUAUAAGUGUGUGAAUUAUUAAAAUUUGAUUUGUUGUUAAAUUCUUCCAUGGUUAUUAGGGAAUUUGCUAUAUUUUCACUGAUGUCAUAAAUCUAUUAACACAUUAAGUGUUACUUGAUAGAAUGUUUGUUAAUGUUUCCUUAAGAUUUAGAAAAAAACCGAAAUGGUACAAAACUGAUAACUCCUACUUUACAUAGAUCAUAUUGGCAAAAGAAUUUUAACUUUCACAUGAGAAAACAAACCUAACAUACUAGAAUGUAACAAAAACUGUGUAUCUUGUGUAAACAACGUAUAUGAGCGAUACCCUAGCGUGAAGUGUUAUUUAUUAUUUAUCACAAAUCAACCCAGAAAGCCUAUUUUUGAUACUUGUUACUGUAUGAUGCGCUUCAGAGGUACAUUGAAAUAAAAACCAACAAAAUU